CAAAACAGGAAGGUCCCUGGGAGCAGCCAUAUUGGAAGCUCCGGCUCCUGCGCCCGUCUCUGUUGUUACCUGUCAAGCACCCGCUGCAGCGCAGACUCUGCAUACACCAGUGAUUGCCAGUAUCCAGUCUCCGGUGCCAGUAACUCAGUAUUAACCCAUUAGUGACCGCAAGUCUGGUCACAAGAUGAAUUACAACCGGGUGCCUGCAAAAUAGAGGGGGAGCAUCCGUUACAGUACCCCCAUCAGUCAAGUCAAAGCCGCUGCUGCGCUACAGUAAGCAUCUUAAAGGAGAACGCACCUUAUUUCCCUUAAAGCGACAGCGCACUGAAAAUUCAACAAGAUGUCAGAACCCAGCUCUCCAGAUCAACCAGUGCCGCUGUAUGAAAGGCGACAAAAGCCAGUUAUAUCGUGAGAGUCCGCGCAGUGGUGAUGUCCAGAGACGACUCUAGUGGGGGCUGGGUGCCUAUGGGAGGAGGAGGUCUCAGUCACGUAAUGAUUUGCAAAGUGCGACGAACAGACACCUCUCACCAACGAGACUACCUUAUCCGUGGGGAAAGACUGAGAGAUCAGACUACCAUCUUAGAGUGCGUCCUGAAAAAGGGUCUCGUCUACAAUAAAGCCAAUCCCAUCUUCCAUCACUGGAAAGUAGAAGAGAACAAGUUUGGCCUGACCUUCCAAAGCCCGGCGGAUGCAGUCACAUUUGAAAGGAGUGUACAGGCUGCUAUGGAGGAACUGGUAGAAGGGUCGUUGUCACAUUCUACAUCCUCAUCAUCAUCCUCUGCCUCUCGAGAUGAAGCUCAGGCUUUGGAGGAUGUCAUGCCACUUCACACAGAUAGUGAAUCUUCUUCUAACAGCCGAAAGGAAAUGUUACCAAAACACAUCACCAUAGUCACCAGUGAGUCGUCCUCUAGCUGCUACGUGAGAUCACCUGUCUCUGAAGAAUUUGGGUUUACCACCGGUCCAUCAGUCAGUCCAACCACACAGUCACAGCCUUUAAAGCGUCUAUCCUUCCAUGACGAAGAAGAACUUGAGAGCAUCAACCCAUGCAAAGAUCUUUGGGUGUCAAAGGGAUAUGAAGACUAUCGCCGUGCAGCUCUACAGCAGCCUGAACAGCCCAAGUCUGACUUGAGAGUUCACUUCCAAAAAGCCACCGGGAGCAAAGCCAAGGACAGGCACUUUCCAGGAGCUGUGGCCUCAUCUACAUCAGAAAGUGAGGGUCAGUUAAAGGACCCUAGGGCCUCCCCUUCUUGCAGGAUUCAUGGCACCCCUUCUCCUAAGUCUAAGGAACACUCUCAUAUAUCUGGGGAGGAGGACACAGCCACCGCCCGUUGCGUCUAUUGCAGGGACGUGUUUAGCAGUGAAGAGAAUGGCAGAGGGCAGUGUCAGGACGCUCCAGACCCUAUAGGGCGUUGUGUCUACCAACUUUCCUGCAUGUGGUGUGCUGAAAGCUUACUAUACCACUGCAUGUCAGACUCAGAGGGCGAGUAUUCGGACCCCUGCUCCUGUGACCCAGGGCACCCCCAUUUCUGUAUACGCUGGGCUGCCCUGGUGGCCUUGUCUCUUGUGGUCCCCUGCAUGUGCUGCUACCUCCCAUUACGGGCGUGCCACUGGUGCGGGGAACACUGUGGCUGUUGCGGGGGGAAGCAUAAAGCGGUGCGGUGAGAGGAAGAGAACAGGGUGCAAGGAGGAAAGUGUAAUGUUUAGUUUUCAAUCUCCUGAGAGCCAGCAUAUUUAUAUGGCAGGAUCUGCGCCAAUCUUUGUGAGUGGGCAUGUCAUACAACUGACCCAGGAGAUGUGUAUUUCAGACAGGAUAUGGCAGCAGAGGCAAUGACCUACCAAAAAGAGGCAGGAGGGAAUUGAAUUAAGAACAGGUGGUUCUGAUGAAAAAAUGUCUAUGUUAUAAAAUGUUAUGUAUUACAGGCUUGAAGUGAAAUUCCACAGAAGACCAAAAAUGAGCUUAAGGUCACACCGAAACCAAUGUAUAUUCUAGCCUUUGAUCACUGUAUGCCACCUAUAGUUUUUUGCAGAGGGGGCAGACUGGAUAUAAAUGUUGGUCAUGCACUUACAUAUGAUGCAACUCUCGAACUGAAAUCUAUACAGUGUUAUCUCACUUGGGUUACAAGGGAAACAGGGUAAUCUUUUUACACUCAGAUUCAUUCAAGUCAAUGACUUGUGCCAUGAAGUCUCGACAAGACUCUUACAUCACGCAAAGGUCUUGAGGACCGUUACCUCUGAGCGUCCUUCAGAGACUCCAUUGAGUUUCAGGUUUCAUGUAACAUCAUCUAAUCUUUGAUAUAAUGGAGUUUAAUUUUCUAUCCAAUAGAAAUGGCAACUAAUAUUGGCCAAGGAGUAAGUUUCUGUUGAAACAUUCAUGAUAUAGGGAUAUUUAUGCCAAAAAAAACAUAAAUACACAGACAAAAUGACUUUACCCAUAGCAUUAUAUUCAUGGAUUCAUGGUAGUGAACUUUGGUUUUCUGUGGAACGACACCUCCAUACUGUAAAUUCUGUAAGCAAGGUUGGCAUGUGGACCAAAACUUGGUUGUACAGAGUCAAAAAAGAAAAGAUGAAUGAAAUAUUAAGGUAUGGGAAAGCAACACACGUUUCCAUAUAACUAGCACUUCUGUAUCUACAACCGCAAUGCUGAGGUUCAUCUAGAAUUCAGACCAUCUCAGUGUAAAGGAUAUUGCUGUUUGAGGUGGUUCAGCUCAUGGUGGAUCAAGCCAUGUUUGGUGGAAGAGGCUGGACAAUGGCUGAGAUAAUUCUGAUGGAAUCAACUGUGCUCCCUCAAUGGUGUCCUUAUACCUACCUGAGCUUGUUCUUGGGUGUAUAUUCCUCUCCAAUCCAUGUUUAUACCAAUGACAAAAAGAAUAGCCGUACUGAAGAAAAAAGUUCAACUAAAACAGCUAUAGAAAAGUAAACGUGAAGCCUAAAAGUAAUGUAUACAUGGAAGUCAAUAGCUGUGACUUUUGUAUAGCUGUUUUUGGAAGAAAGACACUGUCACCUUGAGAAGGAUAGGGUUAAACAAUUGCAGGGAUAUCAAUCUAUAAGGCUAAUUUAUACUAGAAUUAUACUGGGAGAGGAGACACAAAAUGGAAACCAUUUCAUAAUUUCUAGGUAUACAUCCAAGAGGUUUUUAAGGUUAAUUUUUUAAUUUUCUCGAAGCUACAGAAUAAUAUUGUUGUUAAUACAGUACUUAAAAUUGCCUGUUGAUAUGUCAUAAACACUGUUCCCUGAAGAUAGGAAAGAAAUGAAUGACCAUCAAUAGCGACAUCUAUUACCAUGAAGCCGAAUGUUGACUUGUUUCAGUGUUCUUACAUGUUGCCCAGGGGGGAGUAGAGACUGUCUACUGAUAGUUUUCAACAGGUUAUUUUAGGUAAAAAUCUUGUUUUUCCUUUAAUAUUUAUAUACAGUGAAUUUCAGUCAUUCUUUUAGCUUGGGAACAUCAUUUCAUGGGUGGAUUUAUCCUGUGUUGACUUGCAGUUUAGGCAUGUAAUGGGAUGGACAUGGUCACCGUGAAUCACAUGAAUAAUUUAAUGGGAUAACAAAGGAGUGCCUGGAUUUCAUACAAAAUGGGUCACAACCCGAAAUUAUUUGUUUCUUUUUAGAGAUGUUUGACUUGAAAAGACAAUCAUUGUGAGGCACAUUUGUCACAAGUUGGGAACAAUUCUAUUGAGCAGUGAUUGUGUACUGGCUUGGGAUUUUAUCUUUUUUCCAGGGACUGGUGGGUUAGUAAGAGUAUAGAUCAGUAGGGUAGUGAAGAACUAUCAUCCAUCGGUAAACUAUCCAAAAAGGUUCUUUAAAACCUGUAGAUUAUAUAAAAGCAUCAUUGCAAGCCUAAUUCUAGUAAAAACCUAAAACAUCUACUUUAAAUGCAGUUAAAGAGGUAUUUCCAUCUCAUGACAUUAUCCCCUAUUCACCAUCCCUAUCCUACUGGGACCUCCAGCAGUAAGGAGAAUGGGGACAAAAGUGUUCUUGAACACUCACCAAUGUUUAUCAGCCCCAUAGAGAAUGGAUGGAUCGAUGGCCAUACACGUGCUGUGCACGCCAUUCAUUUCAAUGACUGGAAGGUAUUGCAGGUCAUCAGAUGAGGUCUAACUAGAUGAGAUGAUAAAUGAGAUAAACCUCAUUCAUGAAAUGUGGUCUCACUAGUAGGCAGUCUCUCUUGUUAGAAGACAGUAUGUACACUUUAUACUAAGAAAAACAAAUCAAUUGGGUUUAGGAGAGGCAGGUCAUGAACAGAAACAGAUGCCAAUAAGAAUAGCAAUGUUGCAAACAGAAGCCAGUUAGAUUCACAAUUUUCGUUAAAACAUUUAAAGGGGUACUCCGGCGCUUAGACAUCUUAUCCCCUAUCCAAGAUGCCUGAUCGCAGGGGUCCCGCCGCUGGGGACCCCCGUGAUCAUGCAUGCCGCACCCCGUUAAAAUCAGUCGUGUUCGCUCUGGGUCUGGUUACUGUCGAUCACGAGGCCGGAGCAUUGUGACGUCACGGCUCUGCCCCUGUGUGACGUCACGCU